AUCAUCAUGGAUAUUCAAAUUAGCAAACGAAGGAGCACUUCUCCGACACACAUGUCUGAUAUCAAAAGUGACGAAGAGAGACGUUUCGUUCGUCGUUUGGAUAUAAUUCUCAUGCCAACAUUAUGGGUUCUAUAUCUGCUGUCGUACGCAGACCGUACCAAUAUAGGAAAUGCCAAGGUUGCAGGAAUGGAGCAAGACCUUGAUCUUUCUUCAGAUCAGUAUUCACUUGCGCUUGUUGUAUUCUUUAUUUCUUACAUCAUUUUCGAGAUUCCCAGCAAUCUGCUUCUUUCUCGCACUCGUCCAUCUAUAUUUCUUCCCAUAAUUAUGGUUUCAUGGGGGGUUGUGACUUGCCUCAUGUCCCUAGUCCAGACUCCUGGGGCUCUAUAUGCUGUUCGCAUCGUUGUUGGCUUUUUUGAGUCUGGCUUCGCACCAGGGGUUAUGCUCGUUCUCUCGUCUUGGUAUAGACCGGCAGAGCAAGCACGUCGCUUUUCUAUAUUUUAUUCGGCCGCUGUUCUCUCAGGCGCCUUUGGUGCCGUCGUUGCAGGAGCAAUCAUGGACUCUCUAGAUGGAGCUUAUGGAAUUGCUGGGUGGCGCUGGCUUUUUAUCGUCGAGGGAGCAACAACGAUUGCCGCUGCAAUAAUCGCAGCGUUUAUUCUUCCAGAUUUCCCAUCGACCACAAAACGCUUUUCUGAACGAGAAAGACAAAUAGCAGUCGAGCGGCUUGCCAAGGACAAUUUGAAUGUUCAUGCAGAAGGUCAAUCGCCCUUGAGCUCUAUCAAAGCGAUACAGCAGUCGUUGAAGAACUGGCGCACAUGGCUGCUGGCUGCUGGCUACACGUCCAUCGGUGGAUCGGCCUCGAUGUCCUAUUUUUAUCCAACCCUCGUGGCAGGUCUAGGGUACGAGGGAGACAUGGCGCAAUAUAUGGUGGUUCCUAUCUAUGCUGUGGCUUUUGUAACCGUCCUUGGUAUUGGAUUUCUAAAUGACAAGAUUCCAAACCACCGUGGUCUCGUUAUUGCCAUCAUGAUGGCUCUCGCCACAAUAUGCAGUAUAAUCAUAUGUGCUGUUUAUAACUAUACUGCACGUUAUGUUCUCUUGAUUUUCAUGGCAUCUGGCUUGCUUGCGUCCAAUGCCUCGUCAUUGGCAUAUAGCUCCUCGACGUUUGCUUCGAUGGAUCAGGAAACAAGAGCAGUCAGCCUUGCCUUUGUCAAUGCCGUAGCAAAUUUGGCCCUGAUCUACGGUGCAUAUUUAUUUCCGUCCGAAGAUUCACCGAAGUUCUUGAGAGGGUUUGCUGUCAUCUCGGCCCUGGGUGCUGUUGGAGCUGUUAUCUACUUGUCAGCCCAUAUUUCGAUCCGAAAGUACCCAUACUCCCUAGCAUAA